AUGUGCACUUCGCACCCUCUCACAACCGCAUUCCGCGCGAUGCCGAUGACCACCGCCAUCACCGCCGUCCCUGCUCACUCCUUCAAACUCAUCACAACCACUCUCUUCCCUCGCCCCCUCCUCCGCGGCCUUCGCUCCGCCUCCGCCUCCGCCUCCGUCCCCUCCUUCGAAGACCACCCUUCCCCGCAACAGCAAGCUCGCUCCACUUCCUACUUCCCCAAGAAGAACCAGACCCUCGAAUUGGAGUGCGACAGCUUGGCCUACAAGGGCAAGGGCAUCUGCAAGGUCUCCGGCACCGGCUUCGUCGUCCUCUGCGACCGCGCCCUCCCCGGCGAACGCUUCGUCGGCCGCGUCACCCGCAAGAAGGGAAAUUACGCCGAGGUGACUAAGUUGAGGACGAUAUCUCCGCAUUGGGACAUUGUGGAUGCCCCCUGCGAGUAUGCUUCGUACUGCGGAGGCUGUAAAACGCAGAAUUUGUUGUACGAGGCUCAAGUCAGAGCCAAGGAACAGCAGGUCCGAGAGUUGAUCAUUCAUGUCGGGAAAUUUCCUAGUAAUGAUCCGGAGUUUCCCACAAUGAUGAAGCCCAUCGUUCCCUGCGAUAUCCAAUUCCACUAUAGGAACAAGAUGGAAUUUUCAUUUGGCUCUCAAAGGUGGUUGCCACGUGAAUUGUUUGAAGAGAAUAGCGAUGAUUCUGAGAAACAUGCUUUGGGACUGCAUGCACCUGGCUUCUUUGAUAAGGUCCUGAAUGUUAACAAGUGCUUACUACAAAGUGACCCCGCUAACAAGGUUCUUGCAGCUAUACAAGACUGCUGGAGAGAUCCCCAACUAGGUUUGUCUCCUUAUGAUGUCCACUCUCAUGCUGGAUUUCUUAAGCAUCUAAUGCUUAGAACUGGGAGGGACAUUGAGACUGGUCAGCCGGAGGUCAUGGUUAAUUUUGUGACAUCAUCUUACAAGCCCGAGUUGCUGAAACCCUUAGUAGAGGAGAUUUCAUCUUUCCCUGAAGUGGUAAGUGUUGUCAACAAUGUGAAUACUUCGGUGGGUAAUACAUCUGCCGGAGAGGAGGAAUACACUUUGUAUGGGAAAUCUACCAUCACAGAGACAUUGAGAGGGCUUACUUUUCAAAUUUCUGCCAAUUCCUUUUUUCAAACAAAUACUUGGCAGGCUGAGGUUCUAUAUAAAAUUAUUGAGGAGUGUGCGGGUCCUAGAGGGGAUGGCUCAGAAAUUGUGCUAGACCUAUUCUGUGGAACAGGCACCAUUGGUCUGACACUUGCCAGAAGGGUUAGACAUGUUUAUGGUUACGAGGUUGUUGCUCAGGCCAUCUCUGACGCUUGUCUGAAUGCCAAGCUCAAUGGUAUCAGCAAUGCAACAUUUAUUCAAGGAGAUCUCAAUAAAAUCGAUGAAAAUUUUGGCAGCAACUUCCCUAAACCGGAUAUUGUCAUUUCAGAUCCAAAUCGGCCAGGCAUGCACCUGAAGUUGAUUAAGUUUCUGCUGAAGCUCAAGGCUCAGCGUAUUAUUUAUGUAUCUUGUAAUCCAGCUACUUGUGCACGAGACCUCGAGUACCUUUGUCAUGGGGUGAGAGAGCAAAACAUCGAAGGGUGUUACAAACUAAAAAGUGUACAGCCAGUAGACAUGUUCCCACACACUCCUCACAUUGAGUGUGUGUGCCUACUAGAGCUCUGUUAAUUCGAUGUUGUUACAACUGCAUAACUACAAGGAUCUCUUGCGGCAAAUGUGGAUAUAGGAUACUGGCCCAGAGAAAUCUUCACUUCUCUAAACGGUACCACUGAAGUAAUUGGUUUGGAAGGGAGGUGGUCAAUGAAGAACCUGAUGGUCAUCAUAUAACACCACAAAUUGGAAGCGGCUGUUUUCCUCCUAAAGGCUUUGGGAAAGUAUCUUUUUUCCGCAAUCUUAAACUUGGCGCUGUCAAUUAUGCAGAGAGAUGCAGAGAAUCCUGAGAAGUACGUGUCAAGACCUGAAUGCUAUGAUUUACAGAUCAGCGAGCACCCCUUGUGCAUAUGGACUUCAUUUUUAUGACGGCUGUCUUGGGUUUUCAUCAAUUGUUCCUCUCCUGACCAGGAUGAGGAGAUAUACGGAUGCAACAAGUCUUCUGGGAUCUACACGGAAACAACUGCAACCGCCAAGUUCAUGGUUACUCGAGCUACAGAAGAUUUUUGCUAAUUCAGCUAUUUAUUAAUAUCUUCGAUCUAGCAUUCCCCUGGAAUUAAGCAUCAAUUUUGAACCUUCCUGGAGAACGUGUCAAGCCUACUUUUGAUAUGUCAAUUCUCAAGAAUCUCUCAAUAAGGAUGUUUCUUAUUGUGCUGAAGGUAAUUAAUUAUUCGUUGACCACUUAACUAAAGGAUGAAAAAUCAGUCAUCCAUGUGGCCAUUAGAAUAAUGUGAUACACUUAUGGAAGUCACUUUUCGG